AUGGCCUCCAGCUCGGGGGAAGACCUCUCGUGUCCCAUUUGCCAGGACAUUUUCAAAGACCCGGUCAUCCUGUCGUGCAGCCACAGCUUCUGCUGGGCCUGCCUUCAGUCGUGGUGGGCGCAGCAGAAAACACGACCGUGUCCUUGUUGCAAGAGGAAGUCAUCGAAGAGCAAGCCUCCUUGCAACUUGGCGCUAAAGAACCUGUGUGAGGCUUUUCUGCAGGACGAGGAGCGGUGGGCGGCAGCAGGGUCCGAGUACAGGUGCAGCCUGCAUGGCAAGAAGCUCCAGCUCUUCUGUCUGGACCACCAGGAGCCGAUCUGCGUGGUCUGCUGGGACUCCAGGACUCACAGCAACCACCGGUUCAGAUCCUUCGACGAGGCCGCCCAGGACCUCCGCCAGGAGCUGCAGAGAGACCUGACACCCUUCCGGGAGAAGCUGACGCUCUUCCAGGAUGUGACGGAGGAAUGCAUCUACACGGCAGACUACCUCCGAGUCCAGGCCCGGAAGACCGAGAAGCAGAUCCGGCAGCAGUUUCUGAAGCUUCACCAGUUCCUGGAAGAGGAAGAGAAGGCGAGGGUGGAGGCGCUCAGGAAGGAGGAGGAGCAGAAGAGUCGGGCGAUGAAGGAGAAGGUUGAGGCUCUGACCCGGGACAUGGACGCUCUUUCAGACACGAUCCGAGCGACGGAGAGGGAGCUGAGAGACGGAGACGUCUCGCUGCUGCUCAACCACAAGGUGGUGACCGGGAGGGUCAAGCAGGGCCCGGUUCUGCAGGACCCGGAGCCGGUUUCAGGGGCUUUAAUAGAUGUGGCCAAACAUCUGGGCAACCUGACCUUCAACAUCUGGAAUAAGAUGAAGGACAUGGCGCGCUAUAGUCCCGUGAUCCUGGAUCCAAACACCGCCGACCCAGAGCUCGUCGUGUCGGACGACCUGCUGAGCCUCAAAUUCGUGGGGUCGCGACAGCUGCCGAGCAACCCGGAGAGGACCAGGUUCCCCAGCAUCGUCCUGGGCUCCAAGGGGAUGAAAUCAGGGACCUACACUUGGGCUGUGGAUGUUGGACGCAACGCUGACUGGGAGCUGGGAAUGUUGGAAGCCGACGGUGGUGACACAGCGGAGCACCGGCGGUGGAGGAUUUCACUCAAAGACGGUAGACUCAAGGCGUUGGCUGGAUCGGGCUCGGAGCAAGACCUGCAGGCGGGGGCGCCCCGGAAAAUCAUGGUUCUUCUGGACUUCGACAAGGGGAAGCUGUGGUUCGUGGAUAUUUUAAGAAAGACAGCCAUCCACAACUUCACACACACGUUCACGGGCACACUGUUUCCUUACAUGUACACCCGGAGCUCAGACCCACUGGAGAUCCUGCCAUGCAAGGUUACCAUGACGAUACCAUUGGGCAGAUCAGGAGGUGGGACCAGACCCUGAACCGAGUCAACAUCCCCUGGAAGGUUGUAUCAUCUUCGUUUGCAUUUGACGUUCUUGUCGGACUUGUGGACUCGUUCAGCUCCAGCGUGUCUCAGCGUUUCAGUUUCAGAUUAAAAUGUUCGCUGAUCUGUGAAUGUGAAUCUAGGAAAGAUGCUUCUGGAUUAUGAUCUAACAAUAACUCAUGAUUGAUAAUGAUUGAUCAUGUGACUGGUGACGGGAUAGUUGUCUCAGACAAUCCUGUAAAUACUGAUGACUGAUGUCUGAUAAACAAUCACAGCCACUCUAUGUAGAAAUACCACGUCUGACCUCAUGGGGCAGCGCUCACGAGAAUGAUCACGUAUCAGAUGAAGUCAUGUUACAAGACAGGUCAGUCCAGAAGAGAGCAAAAAAAGCCUUUUUCCUUGUUUCCUCAUUUGCGCCACGUUGGAAGUGAGAGAAAGAACAGGUCUGGGAGGACACUUUAACUAUCAGAGCUACCCUGGGACAAAGGUUGGGUUGCAGUCGGGUCCACCUCCCGGUGGCUGAUUGGCUGGAAGUGUCCUGAGAUGAUCGGCUCACCGGCUGAUUGAUCCCCACUCACCAGUAGAUCUAGAUCUCCCCCACCUGGUCAGAUGUGGUACUGCUACGAGAAGAGUCUUAAAUGCUGCUGGUAAAACUUGGUGGUUGAGGGAAAUAAAAAGAUAUAGAAUUUUUUUUUUUUUUUUAAACAUAAAACAUGUAUGCUCUUUUAAAACUGCCAUGAUAAUAUAAUUUACCUUUUUUGUGAGGUGAAAUUCACUUUGAUUUUGGACAGCAGGGAGUUAUAUAUAUUUGGUAUUUGGAGCCAAUUGUUUUUGCAGUGAUUUAUAAAGGUUGUGGAUGAAAUAAAAUAAAUGGAAACAUCUUGAUCAGGAGUAUGUUGAUUAUCUUCAACUAUCCAGAUAACAACAAUAACAACUGAUAACUGACUUCACAUGUGUUAAUAGCUCAAUUGUAACUAAGACAAUUUCUUUAAACAAUUAUUCUUCAUUUGAGCAUCAUUAUUUUGUUUGUAUCAAUCCACCCGUUUCAUUUAUCACAGUCUACAGGUCACCCAAGCGUCCUUCCUGUUUUAUUCAAGAGUUGUUUUGGAACGCAGGGACUUAUACAUAUGUCAAAGGGGUGGUUCUUAAAGUUAUGGUAAUACAAUAACCAAGACCCCAAGGAAAUACUUUUCAGUUCUUCGAGGGUGAGCAGUACUUAAUGACCCACAAACACAACAAGUGCAGCAACAAACAU